AUGCCAGCCCACAAGAAGCAUGUCGAUAACCAUGGCCAGACUUUACUUGCUAAGGCUUGCGCAAAAGGUGAAUAUGAAGUUGCUAAGAAACGGCUUACCGAACGACCCGAAGAUUUGAAUUUUGCAGAUUAUGCCGGAAACACACCUCUGCAAGUUGCGUCACUGAAUGGCCACGAACAAAUCGUUCAACUUCUUAUUGAUGCGGGAUGCAAUCUCGAUUGCCGAAAUAGUGACAAGGAGACACCGCUUCUUGAUGCCGUGGAGAACGGCCAUCUUGGUGUUGUGAAGAUCUUGCUGAAAGCAGGUGUAAACCCACGAAAGGCGGAUGCCGAGGGACACGAACCGUUAGAAAAGGUCCCUGACGAGCUAGAAAACGCUGAAGAAAUCCGAGCGGCCUUGCGGGAGGCGAAGGAGAGGGUGGGCGAGCUGCGACGAACUUCCGAAGAUCACCCACCUCACGAGAUGCCAGAUACCGUUUCCUCUCAUGGCCCCGAGAGUCCUCGUCGUUCGCCCGCGGCACAAGGCAGCUCGUUAGCGUCCCAACGCCGUGGUGGUGCUGUUCGAUCGACGAAAACCAGCAAUCAUCUCUUGUAUAUGAAUCUUGACGACAAGACUCUCCGACAAGCAGCAGCCCGAGGCGAUAACGAGACGGUGACUCGUGUAUUACAAGUCAAGGAACGCUGUGACGACCCCGAGGCUUUACUCCUUUUAGCCUUAGGCGGCGCAAAUCCCGAUCCGCCACGACCUGUUCCAGGUCUCCCAACGGAACAUGGGACUCCAAUGUUGGCUGCUAUUGGUGGGGAGAACAUUGAAGUGAUUAAACUUUUACUAAAUGCAUCUAACUUUGACCCGACUCGUCGUUAUAAAGGUCAAACAUACUACGAAAUAGCCCGACAGCACCUCUUGAAGAACGCUUACGACGAAUUUAAGAAAUCCCCUAAAUCCUCUUCAAAGACGAAGUCUCCGGACCCAGAUUCAAGACGUGCCAAUCGCGACCCAUCCCGAGAUGUUGAUUCUAAGAAGAAGGCCACGUCUACGAAAGCGUCUGGGAGUCCCAAGGAGAAGACACAUUCAGUUUCUUCUGGCAAUCAUGACGAACAGACCUCUCCCAAACGCGGGCCAGGCCGGCCUAAAAAGGAAGAACGCGUCUCAAGCAUUGCCACGUCAGACCGUGAGUCAAAGCUGGUGGACUCGGACCCUGCUAUUAACUCUUCUGAUACCGAAACUACAAAACCGCGGAGAAAGCUUAUUUCGGGUAAAGAAUUGAAGGGACAUAGAGAAAAACAGCGGCGUGCGAGCUUAGCCUCAAACAACUCUACCGUUGAGCAAAAGCGACCAGAUCGACUCUCUGAAAAAUACCACGAUCGAACGAAAGCGAUAAGACGUGACGAUUCAGCUAAGAGGCCGCGAUCUAACAAAGACGAUACCGACGCUCCUAUUAAGAGAAGGAGAUUGGAUCCUGAGAGUAAAGAGAGACGUCCGUUCCAAAACCCUUCACCCGAAAGUCGUCAGCAAAAGCGAGAUCCAUCACGGGAUCCUGCUAGUCGUGAUCGCAGAGACUUAGAUAAAGCAACAUCCGAAGACGUAGAUGUGGACAUGCAGAGCGAAGUACAGAUCGAUCGUGAACGUAAAGAGGAGGCAAAGAAGAAAGAAACGGAACAAAAACGCCAAGAAUUAGAGAAGAAAAAACAGGAAGCGGAAGCACGGCGACGGGAAGAAGUUGAAAAGAAGCGCCUUCAAGAUGAAGAACGAAGCCGAACAAAGUUAGCAGAGGAGAGGAAAGAGAAGGAAGAACAGGAGAGAAAGCUACGAGAAGAAGAAGAAAGGACACGAAAGGAGGAGGAAGAACGUAAGAGACGAGAGGAAGAGGCAAGAGUUCGCCGCGAAAGGGAAGCUGCCGAGGAAGCACAACGCUUGCGAGAGGAGGAGGAAGAAAAGGAACGUGAGCGCAAACGUGCGGCGGAGCGAGCUGCACGCGAAGCCGAGAUGCAACGGGCUCACCAGGAAGAGAUGGAGAAAGUCCGCCUGUCGAAGUUGCCUCCUCUGUUACGUUGGCUCAAUGUCUGUCCAGACCCCAAGCAAAAGGAUAUAGCCGGGCUUUUCGCCAUAGCACAAGGGGUAAGGUAUGAUACAAUUAAUCCUUCUGCCACUGGUCACGUAAACGGACGUGAGCAGUGGUUGCUCAACACUCAAGUCUCUUUGCUUUUGGGCGAGAAGGAUACCUCUUUGUCAAGAUACACUGCGUGGGAACGUAUUCCAGCAUCGCAUAUAGCGAAGAGAGUUAUCUGGCGUUUGGAGCAAGAUAGAUAUGCUCUAACAGAAGGCAAACUCUUUCACUUGGGAGAACAGCUACCUGACUUCUACGGGGGUGAUCCUUGGACAGUUCGCUACAAGAAGCUCGAGCAGAUUCGCGGCGAGGCAUGGAAGUGUUUCUCAGAGACGGAGAUGUUUUUUGUCAAACAAUCCGACUUCCUCUCCAUCGUUCCUACUAUACCUCAUCUUCGGAACGUCAAGCUGUCAAUCUGGUAUUGCGAACUACCAGAGCAUGAAUCCGCCCUCUCAACUUGGAAUUCACCGGGCAAAUGGAAGCAAGAUCCUGACGCCGAAAGCCGUGGAGGCUUCGCACCGCAGUCCAAGUAUUAUAUCAACGGGGAAUUCGUGGGCGAAAGGAAACCGCAGACAUACAGGCCAAGCAAAACCCCAUUUCCAGAAAGCCGGGUCCCUAGAAGGGAAGGGCUUGUUGCGGUCACGCCAAAUGAGCCUGACUAUGUGCGUAUCUGCAUUGAACAGGGUCUAGCACACCUCCUUACAGACCAACAAAAACAAGCUGCACUCAAUGGGGCACAUUUAACGCCUCGAAGCAUGGUAUCGAACGAGGCUGUAGACUACGUUGGUGAGAACUUGUCACCUUCGACCGAAUCGCCAAGAUGGCGAGCAUCGGAUAAGAAUCUCAGCUCAGGAUUCAUUCUAUUGGGCAGAUCGGACUCGAUUGAGCGAAAUCGCAUGCCGUGUUUGCGAGGAAGAUGA